UAUCUAUAUAUCUAUGUUUUUACAGAGUUUAAAAUAAAGUAUUUAAAUGAAUCUUUCAAGGGUAGAAAAGUUAUUAAAAUUUCUUGAAAGCAAAUCUUUAUAUGUUCAUUUAAAUUGGAUUGAAGAAACACUACAUCAAAUAGAUGCUUCUUUAAAUAACAAAGAAUUAGAACAACAAAUAUUACAAUGUUUAUUAAAUUCUGAUAUUAAAAAGGCCUUAACUCCUCAAUCAUGUUUACCUAUUGAUAUUUUUGAUCAACAUAAUCAAGUUUUGCCUGGUCCAUAUUGUUUACAAAUUAUACAUGUUCAAGAUAUUGGAAUUAGUAUAUUUAAUCAAUUAGAAUAUCUAGAACAGUUUGAUGAUUCUGGCAAUAUCAAAUCAUAUAAUAUUAUACGGAAUAAUUUAUCUGACGUUGAUGAUGAUGAUGAUAUACCUGAUAUAAAUAAUUCUCCACCAAAAAAAUUUUGCAAAUUAAUACUUGAGGAUUCUUCUGGAUUAUGUGUAUGGGCAAUUGAACAUAAACCAAUUAAAGAAAUUCAUGUUGCAAUAAAUCUUGGUGCUAAGAUAUUAUUAAAAAAUAUUCUUGUUCUUAGGGGUGUUCUUAUUUUAAACCCUUCAAAUCUUACAUUUUUAGGUGGUGAAAUAUUUCAACUUAAAAAUUAUUUUCCCUCCGGAUUUAAAAAUCAAUUAAAAUCCCUUCUUUAUAAUGAAAAUCAAUCAAAUUAUUAAAUAAAAUAUUUAAAAAAAAAAAAAAC